AUGCGGAUGGCCUUCAACCUGCCGGCCUACAUCCCGGUGGAGGAGCAGAUCGCGCCGCACCCGGACUUCCCCACGGUGGCCUUCCCCAACCCGGAAGAGGGCAAGGGCGCUCUCAAGCUCGCCAUCCAGCGGGCCGACUCGGCCGGCUCGCCUCUCAUCCUCGCCAACGACCCCGAUGCCGAUCGCCUGGCCGUUGCGGAGAAGCUGGACGAUGGAAGCUGGAAGGUGUUCACCGGCAACGAGAUCGGUAUACUGCUCGCGCACUGGGUGUGGCAGAAGUUCUCCGCGGCUCAUCCCGAGGUGCCGGUCGACAAGUGUGUUAUGCUCAACACCACCGUCUCCUCCAAGAUGCUUUCCGCCAUGGCCGCCAAAGAGGGGUUUCAUUAUGACGAAACAUUGACGGGCUUCAAAUGGCUGGGCAGUGUGGCCGCGGACCUCACGUCCAAGGGCUAUCACUUCCUCUACGCCUUUGAAGAGGCCAUCGGUUUCAUGGUCGGUGACGUGUGCCGCGACAAGGACGGUGUGCGUGCUGCAGCGGUCUUUGCCGAAAUGGCCGUCGAACUGUACUCUCAGCGCAGCACGGUCGUCCGUACUCUCCACUCGCUCUACGAGAAAUACGGUUACUACGCCACCAACAACCGCUACUUUUUCUGCUACGACCCGGCAUUGAUGGAAACCAUCUUCGGGCGCAUUCGCAACAAUGGCCAAUACAGCGAGGCCUGCGGACCCUACAAGAUCAAAAACAUUCGAGACCUUACCACCGGCUACGACAGCUCUCGGCCAGACAAGAAGGCGAUUCUGCCCACGUCUUCUUCGACGCACAUGAUCACCUUUUUCUUUGAGAACGGGUGCGUGGCUACGCUGCGAGGCAGUGGUACUGAGCCAAAGCUCAAGUAUUACAUCGAGCACCACGGUCCUUAUGGGUAUGUUUCUUUGCACCUGGGUGAUGCGUCACGCAAGUGA